CAAAAGUAACAUCGAAGUGAUCCAAUCCACACCGGUCCUCUCUAAUACCCAUUUCCUAGUCUCGCUCACCUUGAAGAUGCAUGAGGCUCUGACCUCCCUCUCCCUUUUCAUCCUCCUGUAUUCCGUUACAGGGACAAACGGACAAAAUCCGUGUCCCGAUCCUACUGAAAUCCUCCCCUGCAUUUGCAACCAUAAUCCGACCGAAGGCACUGUGAAUGUGGACUGUUCGGCAGCUGCCUCAAGUGACGAAAUCUACUCUGCCUUCAACGACGCUACCUGGCCCUCCCAAAAUCUCACAACCUUUUCUCUGCAAGAAAACUUGGGAGUAAAAGAAUUGCCCAGAGGAGUUUUCGGUGAUAACAGUUUCGAGAAAAUUCACGUUUCCCGGACCUUUGUGGCCAGCAUCCAUUCCGCUGACUUGUUAUCAUCGAAAGAUCGACUUUGGAGGGUGACCAUCAAGGAAAGCUCCAUAGAAGAAUUCCCUUGGGAGAUCCUCCCGCAACUCACCAAUCUCAAGGAGCUCUAUCUCUACAGCAAUCAUCUCACCAGUUUACCGCAUCUUCAAAGUGCAAGUCUGGAGUACUUCAGCAUCUCCAAAAAUAAUGUAGUUCAUGUCCAGGCUGGGUGGUAUCUCCCAAAUCUGAGAGAUCUCUCAUUGGAUUUCGACCUUGAUCCGAGCGGCUUUCAACGUACUGUCCCGCGAGUGGGCGGGUGCCAAGAAGCAUAUUUCGGCGAUUCAAAGUCCAGUGGUUGUAAAGAAAGUUUUCGCUCGUCUCGUUCUCGGGCGUUUUAUCAUGCUAGUGGAGAUGUUUAUGAGAGAAAGCAUAAUGGCCGACCUCGUCCUGUUCGAAUGCCGAAACUUGUCCAGAAAGGGAAGGCGCGAACGAGGCGAAACCCUUAG